AUGAAGUACGCCGCUGCUCUCACCCUCAUCCCCCUCGUCGCCGCCCACGGCUUCGUCCGCUCUCCCCCUCCCCGCAAGCCCGGUGAUGCCUACAAGGCUGCCUGCGGCGACCAGCCCUUCUACCAGCAGAGCUCCGACAUCAACGGCAACGUCCAGGGCAUCUUCCAGGUCGUCGGUACCGGCGCCGACCCCGCCAAGUGCAACCUGUGGCUGUGCAAGGGCUUCCAGCAGGAGGACAACGCCGACAACGUCCAGACCUACUCCCUGGGUCAGGAGAUUGACUUUGACGUCAACAUUGCCGCUCCUCACACCGGCUAUGCCAACGUUUCCGUUGUCAAGACCAGCUCCAACACCGUCAUUGGCGAGCCCCUGAUCGAGUUCUCCAACUAUGCUUCCAACGCUGGUCUUGAUGCCAACAACACCGCCUUCAGCGUUACCCUCCCCGAGAGCCUUGGUGGUGACUGCACCACUGCUGGCGACUGCGUUCUCCAGUGGUUCUGGGACGCUCCCGAUAUCGACCAGACCUAUGAGUCCUGCAUCGACUUUGUCGUCGGUGGCUCCGGUUCUGGCUCUGGCAACAGCGGCUCUUCCCCCUCUGCCCCUGCUGCUUCCACCCCCGCUGCUACUCAGGCCCCUGCCGCUACCACUCUCGUCCAGGCCGUGACCGCUUCCUCCGACGCCCCCGCUGCCACUGCUGCUCCCGACACCGGUGCCGAGGAGCCCGUCGAUGACGAUGAGGAGUGCCCUGCUGAUGAUGAGGAGCCCGUCGACGAUGAGGAGCCUGUCGACGACGAGGAGUGCCCCGCUGAUGACGAGGAGCCCGUCGAUGAUGAGGAGCCCGCUGAUGACGAGGAGUGCCCCGCUGACGAGGAGUACGACGAGGACUACUAA